GGACUUUGGGCUCCAUGUAACACUUGGGCCUUAGCGUGGGCCGCAAAUUUAGAGGCAGCCAACUCGCUUUUAGCAUGUUAGCAUGUUCUUCACCAGGUUUCUCGGCUUGGGUAUACUUUUUCGAAAACAAGCGAUUCAUGUUUCUUUCUGCUUUCCCCAUGUCAUCCCUGAGUAUAAAAAGUCGCCCCAAGAUCUGAUCUGGCAGAGCGAUAGGCCGCUGGGGGCCACCGCCAUUCUGGGUCAAUAGUGGCGGGGCAAAUGCAAAGCCGACUCAGCCACCCCGACUCCUAAUCGCCUAAGGUGGGCUCCCUUAGCUGAUGGUUUUCAGCCUGCAUGGGGGGAGGCUUCAUUCAGCCCAAUGGAUUAACGCCCGGCCGAGUUUUUUGCUCCCGUCAAUUACACUGCCUGCGUCUGCCUCAUCAUGUGGAUUUUGCACCCUGCACUCCUGCCUUAUUCAGACUCUUCUUAGGUACCUACGUUAUCCUUCAACCGAAGAGAGGAAUAAUCAUAGAAAGAGAGACGAAAAAGAAAAGGCACACUAUGAGACAUUUCAGUGUCCCGUCAACAAAGAGACUGAUUCUUGUGUGACUGAUCGAUGCGUAACGUGGCGGUGUUUUAUUCCCUCUCCCAGUCAAUAUCGCUUAGCGGUUGUUUGUUUUACUCUCAGCUUUUUACAGGACGCAAACCACCUGAUGCAUCUCUUGUGGUCAACUUACUUUUUUUUUUUUUUUAAUCCCACGACGGUGUAUUACAGUACACAGCGUCAAGUUUGUAGCCGUUAUGGCUUGGGGAAAUCGGAAUUGUUGCCUGCAUCUUGCAGAGUUAGCGCAAUACAAACGCAUGUGUUUGGUGUUUGCACCAACCAGCAUUUUUGGGAUCUGAAUGGGAAUAAUUAACAUGAAUGUGGAUCUGAUCUACCACCCGCAUUAGAAUAUUUUUAGAGAAAAGAAAGACAUGAGAAGAAAAAGGAGUUUAAAAACUGCAAAGAACUGGGGAUCUUCCGAUAGUUAAAAUGGUCGUGGAAAUUGAAGAGGCGAGUUCGAUACUUGCUUUUGCUGGCCUGCACUACUGGGCGUCGAAUCGCUAUGUUUGUAACAGGGAGGAUUUCCCACGCGGCUGAACGCCCAUGAUUUCUUCAUCAAGCAUGGGGUACUGCAGACUGUUGGAAAGACAUGGGGAAUGGACCG